AUGCGGCUUUUCGAUCUGCCACCGCCAUUGAUUGGACAAAUUGCCAUAUUGCUAGUAUCUGCUUCUCCAGGCACAGCAGAGUUCCUGAACUUUAGCACGACAAGCACCACUUUGACUUCGGAGGUCAAUGUAGGCUCUUAUAUCGUUUCGGGUCUUGGAGGAGCAACAGAGACAUUAGAUACCACCUCGACACCCUUACCAGUCGCUACGAGCACGGGCUUCGACUACGCGUCAAGCUGCAAUGCUGCUUCAUAUUCAUAUAGUAGUGCUUCAUCCGCAUAUGGCAACGACCACUACUACAACGUAACAAACACGACAACAUUUGAGUACACCUAUACAACGGCACCAGCACCACCUUCAUCCCACGCUACCAGUCUGACCAGCCUAUGCGAUGGAUAUCCAAGAGUCGUGGGCAAGGCCACGAUCUCGAAUGCUAGCUCAAGGGUAGUAACAUCAGCGACGACAUAUCCGGUCACAUACUCAGUGGCUGCAACCGAUUAUACCAGCCCGUCGCCGUCGUGCUAUAUCGGUACAAGGGACUGCAGUCUACUGUGGAACUCCUACAGUACCUCCCUUAGCUCCGCAGCAGCUCAAACCGAUGGCUACUAUGACAACCCCCCACUAUGCGAAACCAAUACCGCCACCACGACGUCUGCUACUACAUGUACGGACUGCCAAAUCGUGGCGGCAAGUGCACGAUUACUGUACUGGCCGGUCACGACUGUGCCUGGGACUGGUGAUCUCUGUAACAAAAGUGCAGAGACCAUCACCAAAACACCCACUGGGCCCCCGAGUAGUUUCGUGACAGCCGGGAUCACCAUAACAUCACCGACAGUAGCUCUGAGCUUCGGAGGUCUGCAAAGGCAAGACGACUGUGGAGCGACGACCGAUACUAUCGUUGCAGUCAAUCCAGACGAGGUUUUCACGGUGCGAGGAUACCACGCACUUUUUUCGCACUACUCAUUCAACUAUGCCGAUUUGAACUACAGGUGUGCCUCGAACACAAGCAACACGUCUGGUACACCAGACUGGGAGCGCGACGACUGUUAUCAAGCUGUGCCAGCUGAUGCAUACUUUGCUGGUCUGCAAGAAGCUUCCAACAAUUACAUGCGCCAGAAUGGCACCGAGGGCUUGACGAUCUGGCCGGACUAUCAUCCGCAGGUGAUGGUACCAGAUACUAUGAUGCCGGCGAUCUCGAGUAUUUGGGGUAAAGGUUGCAUAAUCCAUCCGCUUGGUGUUUGGGAUCCACCGGUAGCACUGACUCAGCAGAGCGAGAUCGACGGAGUGACCACACCCGCACAUGCUCCAGCGACGACAACGACAUCAGAAGAUCCCGGUGUUACCGCCUCAGGACCUGUCAAGCUAAAUCCACAGGAGACCGCGGUUGGGCCCACAACACCGACGCAGCCUUCGCCGACCACGAGCUCGACGUCUAUGAGCGUUGUGACAGCGGCGUACCCGCAAGUAGCCUCGACGCAGACCAAGCUCGUCGGGCCCGGCAGUGAUUCUGAGAGUUCCACGACCAUUAUCCUUGCCCCGUCACCAAUAAUUGCCGUGACUGGGACAAAGCUAUCGGUGCCGGGAGAAGACUCUGCGAGCCCUGUAACGGCAUACUCACCCGCCAUCGCUGUGACAGGCACCAAGCUUAUCGUUUCUGGAGGCGGAUCUGCAGACCCUGGUACAACUUCUUCGCCCUCGCCUAACAAAGAAAGCGCGGCCGGUGUGCUGGUAUCGAUACUCGGUGGAUCCUCUCAGCAAGAUGCUGUGCAACAAGCUUCUCGCCCGCAGGAUCCUGGCCAAGCUUCUCAAGGACCUGCGAGUGCAGUCAUGUCCAUACUCGGCGACGAUGCUCAAGCACGACAAAGCCAAGUGGCCAAUGAUCCAGCUGCUGGCGGAGUGAGCCAAGCUAUUGGGGCAGGCGGCGCUCAUGCGCCGAUCAAUCAGCAAGGCAGCACAAUAUCCGCUAUCCAGGACCCAGCCUCAGCAUCUCUAUCCCAAGUCAUUGCUUUCGGCUCUCAAACUGCCACAGUCACUAGACCUACGAGCUCGCCCGGCGUGGCUAUCCUAGCGGAUAUCACUCUCUCAGAAGGAGGACCUGCGGCUACGAUUUCUGGUCACUCAGUGUCCGUCGCAACUGGUGGAGUCGUGCUUGUGGAUGGCGUUACGGCUUCUGCUGCGAGCCUCAGUGGUCAUAGUAAUACUGGUUCUGCUGGGUCUGCUGGAUCUGCGACGACUAGUAACGGUAGUAGUACGAGCUUGUCUGAUCUGCCGACAACCAAUAGGGUGUCUGGAAGUCAGACUGGUCCAGGAGCAGCGAAUCCUUCUAGUGCUACUGGAGCCAGUGCUAGCGGGACAACGAACUCAAGCAGUACGGAUGAGAAGUGGUCCAUGUUCGGUAUGUCCGCGGUCAUGGCUGCGAUCAUGGCUGCGAUCAUGGCUGUGAUUGUGUUAUAG